AUGGUAGUGAUGAAGAUGAAGUUCCCCUUUCAAAAAAGGGUGAAACUUGCCCAGGGACUGUGGCUCCUUUCCUGGUGUGCCACGGUAGCCGGGGCCAUGACCUUCACCCUUGGGUGCAUCCUGAAGACAGAACUCCGAAGGAGAGCAGAAGUCAUGGAUAAUGCAGACAUACAUAUCGUGCCCAAUACGCUCAUGAUUGUUGGUCUGGCCUCCCUGGGCAUCAACUACUUUGCCUCAAAGAUCUGUCAGGAUGCCCUUGACGCUGGGCGAUUUCCUCGCUGGAAGACCUUUUUGAAGCCCUACUUUGCUGUCUCUUGUUUCUUCACUGUGCUCAUGCUGCUAGCGGUCAUCAUGAGCUAUGCCAUGAAGGGCAGUCUGGAGUCUUCACUGAAAGUCGGCCUGAGGAAUGGCAUCCGCUUCUAUAAAGACACAGACACGCCGGGACGCUGCUUCCAGAAGCAGAACAUUGACCGCUUGCAGAUGGAGUUUCAGUGCUGUGGAAACAAUGACCACAGGGAUUGGUUUGAGGUCCAGUGGGUCAGCAAUCGCUACCUUGAUUUCAACUCCAAGGAGGUCAAAGUCCGCGUCAAGAGCAAUGUGGAUGGACGAUACCUAGUAGACGGAGUCCCAUUCAGUUGCUGUAAUCCCAGUUCUCCUCGACCAUGCAUCCAGUAUCACCUUACCAACAAUUCAGCUCAUUAUAACUACGAGUACGAAACAGAGGAGCUCAACAUCUACCUGCGCGGCUGCCGGGAGGCCUUGGUCAAUUACUACAUGGGGCUGAUGAACACCAUUGGCGCUGGAGUACUGUCAGUCUUCCUCUUACAGGGUUCUGUGCUGGUGAGUUUGCGCUUCCUGCAGACAUCUAUGGAGGCAGUAGCUGGGAAGGAGAACAUAGAAAUUGAAACAGAAGGAUACUUGCUGGAGAAGGGAGUGAAGGACACCUUCAUGGAGUACUUUGACCCAGUUCUCAAGUUCCUGCUGUUUAAAAACCAGGUGCAGGAGGGUGCUACUACAGAUGAUAAAGCAGCCCCAGCUUCCACCUAA